UGAGCCUGACCCCCCACGGAUUGCCAGCAAGAUUCAACAAGUUCCUGAGGUCGAAAGCACUUGAUCAACUGUAGCCAAGGGACGUGUGACACACCUCCUCAACUAAACUGUGACCAUCUUGUCUGGCGGAUGGAGUCAUGCCCUAUUGCAAUCCUGUGUCCAUGUGUCCGGGAUACACAAGAUAGCAGAUAUCUGGCCGCAAUGCUAGGGGUCUGCAGAAGCAAUGGCCACAGAAGCCCCUGUGAACCUAGCCCCUCCUGAACGCAGCACCGUCGGCAGCUCGACAGCUGACAGCUUCAUCUGGCAGCCAGACUCGGCCAACAUGCACGUCCUCAGGCCCAAGUCCGCCAAGGGACGGACGCGGCCCAGUCUGCACAGACCACAGGGCGCAGAGCUGUGCCCUCACCGUGCGCCAGCCUCCCUGCCUCCAGCCAUCCCCUGCGAGUUGCCAAGCAGCCAGAGACCGGGAGCCUGUGCACCCAAGUCUCCAAACCCGGGAGCUCCCGAUGAGAUCCCCGAGCUGCUGCAACAGGGGCUGGCUGGCGCAUCCUCUUCCCUCAAUAAAUACCCAGUCCUCCCUUCCAUCAACAGGAAGACCCUGGAGGAGGGGUCUGUGGAAACAGUAGCUAAAAAGGUCGGCUCCCUGCAGCUGGGCAGCAUCCAGGCUCUUGACCAAGAGGAGACUGUCACCGUGAAGACAAGUGAAGAAGAUUCCAGAGCUCCUGUUUAUUCCCCAGAGAGGAAAGUCAUCGUCCAGACCAGCAGACAGACCUCCCCCGGGGCUGGGGACGUGGAGGAGCCAUCAGAUCGAGAGCCGAGGCUUCUGCUGGCCGUCAGAUCGCCAUCGGGCCGAAGGUUCGUUCACCAUUUCCGGCCCACCGACGCCUUACAGACCGUCGUAGCCGUGGCCGAACACCAGAACCAGGCCAGUUACCAGCCCUGCAGCAUUGCAGUGAUGGGGGUGCCCAGGAGACGUUUCUCUGACCUCACCAGAUCUCUGCAGGAGUGCAAAAUCCCCCACAAGUCGGUGCUGGGCAUCUCUCAGGAAGAAGGGGAGGGGGAGCCCUGAGUCCACAGUCCCCCAGCUGGGGUCCUGGGUCUCUGAGUAAGGAGCACGCUUGGGUGCUGUGGCCUUCCCGGCAGCUCGGUACCAAGUGCCAUGUGAACCUGGUGCGGCUGUGAUCCUUGGCACUCAUCUUCACAGCCCCUCCUCUGAAGGAGUGAAGUUUGCACAUGCGCCAAGCGCACUGAGAAGGUUCUCCUCCAGUCGUUAAAUUGCCUCCAGCACUGGAGUGGACUGGCAAGUUACCAGGGCUGUUCCUGUAACCACGGUGACCAGGUCUCCCCCUUCCCCGAGUUCUGGGUCCUUUCUGGAGCACCCGCUUGCCUUUACAAUGAACUCUCACUCUCUUGAAGCCAAUGGUUUGCCUUUCUGUAUUUGAUGCAGGAUUAAAUACUUCCCAGAGAGGAUUCUAGUCUGGUAAAUAACCAGGGCUCAGGAAAUGUCGAACUGGCAUUUGUAUUUCUUGCAAACAUCUUUAAGAAACAGGCAGUUGACACUAUCUUGGAAGCAGCCCCUUGGCUGGGCUGGGUGGCUGGCGUUUCUUGGGGAUUACUGUUUGUGUGAUGUGGCUUCAGAGGAAAGAAGUCUCUUGCUAAUACGAAUCCCCCAACACAUCAACGUUUCUGAAAUAGUCUGAGAGCUAGAAAGUAAAUUGCUUCCACCACCAUGGAUUAGCCAAGUAGCCACUUUUAAAUAGAGAAUAAGUAGGUUCGCAAAUACCGGUAGCUACUCUCUGUAUGCAGCACUCUUCCCAAACUGAGAAAAACCGGUGUAAUCUGAUUUCCUUUGCUUUUGUCACUAAUGGAAUCUUUCUGUUUUUAAACUGUACAAACUACAAGUCUAUACUAGUUUGCACCAAAGGCACCCUUGGCCUAUCUGGGUAUGGAGACGUGGUUUCAGUGUCUCGCCUCCUUCCAACAGAGACUCCCUGGAGCGGGGACAGCGGUGCCCCUGUUCUGUGAUGUCGGAACCUCCGGGAGGACAAGGGUGCCUCCACUGGGCGUCACUCAGCUGACCAUGUGCCCACGUGUCUGUCUGAUUGAAUGCCUUGGCCCGUAGCUGUGUUGAAGACCACAGGGUCUUGGCUUUCCAACUCUGAAGUGGUGACGUGGACAGUUUGCCAAAGUUCUCUUGUAUCGGGAGUUCAGCAAGGCUUCCAGCUCUCCUCAGGAUCCUCUUUGUAGCCAAAUCACCAUUCAGAGUAGGGAAGCUGGUCCCUCAAGAGCUCAGCCAUCACGAAGCACUGAGUAUGGAUGCGCUCUCCCUGCCCCUGGGUACACAGAGAAGGCAGGGGUUCUAGAAGCCUAUCAGCGUGGCAGCCUCAGCAGCAAGUGCGUCUUGUACGUAGAUAAGGAAGGCAGCUGGAAAUGUUACUUCCGGCAACUUGAUACUCAGCCAUGGAGAUUAACGCCAACAUCAUUUCCUCUAAAGGAGGCUCACCUUGUCCUUCCUGCAUCCCACACCACCCAGAUCUCUCGAGAGUGGGUUCUUUCAGAAUGUGUGGUCCAAUUUCCUAAUACCAGCUUGGUUGCAAAGGUCAGCUGGGGCUUGCAGCACCUCGGGCAGGCCCACCCAGCUGGCCACCUCUCCCAACCAGCGACCAUGAUGGAGGGGACUGGGGGGUCGAGCCCGGUACUCUCAGUACAAGCGUUUACCUCCCACCCAGGACUCAGGUGCAUAUCCGCCUCUGAUCUAGGAGGCUGGGGGAAGAUCCUCCCACAAAAGCACACCUACUCUAUGGUAAGAAUAAAAUCCCACCCACCUGGGGCUCGGUAAUUUCUCCAGGCAGGAAAUCUGUAGAAAACUUCAGUGAAACGGAGCAUGCUCGAGGGAGCUAGAAUCUUCUGCACUUAGGGUUUUGCUGCUGCAAUUUAGCUUGGAAUUUGGGGGUGGCAAAAAAAGUGGAAGGCAUGAAACAUAGAAAUAUUUUAGGGUGUCUUAGGACAUGUGAAUAAAGCUAGAUUUGAGCCACCCUAAUAAACUUCUUUGGGAACAAAAGGAUGAUGACACAAUAAAAAUUGAUUUGUGUGAAACCGAGUCAGUGGAGAAGCGUGGCUUCUAUUUUAGUGCAGGACUCCGGCCACGGUGCUC